CGAGAAGGCUUAAACUUUAUUACAACAAUGUUUAUACUUCCAAUUGUUUAGUACCGAACUUUAAAUACAUGUGUGACUAAGAUUUGGAAUUAAAGGUGCAUUUAUCCAUAAAUAUUCCCGUUUAUCUGAAGACUGAAAUGCUGCUUUAGUGUUUGCUGAAAUGUAGUAGUGUAAUCUCGAGUUGAGACACCAUAGGGCUGUACAAGGGUUACCACUUCCUUAUUUUAAUGACAUUUGAGCUGGUGUUCGAGUCCAGACACAAUGUUCGGCUGGGAGCUUUUUUCUGCCACAACCUGGACAUUAGUGGCUCUCUUUUUCACCUUACUCUUAUUGUAUGGUGUUUGGCCGUAUGGAUAUUUUAAAAAGUUGGGAAUACCAGGACCAAGGGCAUUUCCCUUUGUGGGAACUAUGAUGAGCUUGAGGAGGGGAUUGCUGGUUGUUGACAGGGAGUGCCAGGCCAAGUAUGGAGACGUGUGGGGUUUGUUUGACGGCAGAGCUCCGAUGUUAAUGGUAGCCGAUCCUGAGAUCAUUAAAGCUGUGUUGGUGAAGGAAUGCUACACGACGUUCACCAACCGCAGGGACGCCCUUGUAUUGGGGACGCUGAGUGAGGCCAUCACCAACGUCAAGGAUGAAAAGUGGAAGAGAAUCCGCAGCUCCCUGUCGCCGUGCUUCACCAGCGGAAGACUGAAGCAGAUCUUUCCCCUCGUCGCUCGCUAUGCGGACCGCCUGGUGGAGAGCCUCGGAAAAAAAGACUUAAGCCAAGCGGUAGACAUCAAACAACUGAUGGCGCCAUACAGUUUGGACGUGAUCACCAGCGCCUCCUUCAGCGUGGAUGCCGACUCCAUCAACAACCCAGACGACCCCAUCAUCGUUCAUCUCAAAGAUGUCCUCAAGUUCAAAUUUUGGAAAAUCUUCAUCCUGAUGAUUUUUCCCUUCAUCAAACACAUUCUCUACAUUCUGAAGUUUGACCUCAUAUCCACGCGCCAUGUGAACUAUUUCUUCGACAUCAUUAAGAAUUUUAAAGACCAGCAUCACACAGACAAGUCUGGUCAUGCAGACUUCCUGCAGGUGAUGAUCCAGCAUGAGAUACCGCAGUCGGACAUAAAGACCGAACAGGAGCAGCCAAGUAAAGGCCUGACAGAACUUGAGAUCCUCUCGCAAGCCUUCAUUUUCAUCUUUGGGGGCUUUGAAACCACUGCCAUCACCCUCACGUACCUGCUGUACAACCUGGUCGCCAACCCUGACGCUAUGAAGACCUUGCAGGAGGAGAUUGACGCCAAUGUUCCCACAGAUGCUCCCAUUUCUUACGAGACCCUGUUCAAUAUGGAGUACCUGGACAACGUCAUUAACGAGUCCAUGCGUGUCAUGCCGACCGCGCCGCGACUCGAGAGGAUGUGCAAGAAAACCAUCCAGAUCGGCGAUCUCACCAUCCCCGAAGGAACCUUGGUGGGCAUUCCCGUGAGUGUCAUCCACAAGGACCCCCGCUUUUGGAAAGACCCUGAGAGGUUCCGGCCGGAGAGGUUCAGCAAAGAUGGCAUAGAAGAGGUGAACCCGUACGCUUUCAUGCCUUUUGGCCUCGGCCCUCGCAACUGCGUGGGGAUGCGCUACGCUCUCCUCACCAUGAAGAUGGUGGUUGUGCGUCUGCUGCAGAGCUACACCAUGGAGACGUGCAAAGAGACCGUAAUCCCUCUGGAGUUUGAUUGGCUGCUAAGGCCACAGCAGCCAGUGAAAUUCAAGUUUGUGCCCAGAGAGCAGUAGUUCAGAAGGGACACAUGGUACUAAAACGAAUGCCAUGUUUAUGCUAUUCAAUGAAAAACGUACAUCUGUAAGUCACACCGGUGUAUAAGCCGAUCGUGUCCACAUCAUAAAAUGAUAUAUUGUGGCACACACAGGUCCGUGAGGACCAGUCAAACCUUUGGAAAUUGCAGGAGGUCAUUGUUCAAUAUAACAGUCUAACUCACAGUUUCAUCUCACAAACUAAAUUUAACUCAUCACACAGCAACUUAACACUCAAAAGUUAACUUCAGAAAUAUACAAACAUGUACCGAUGUUUGUAAAAAAAACAAAAAACCAAAACACAACAUUUUAAAGUUUUCCCAUUAUUUUGUUUGAGAAAACCAGCCCAAAGCCCAGAGGGAGGCUGAAAAAAAGCACAAUGAUCAAACUUGCAUCUCCCACCACGUCUGUAGCUGACUGACAGAUAGUUGGCACAGCUCAUUUCACAAUGUGUAGCGAAGCCUGCUUUUUUUAAAUUUUAUUUUACUAUCCUCCGUCAGGUGGUGAGAGUAUUUUUGCUGCUCAUAAGCAGGCUCUAAGGGCACUUACUACUUUUAGAACAUCAUUUUAAAAAAUCACUUAAGCAUCGUUCUCUCUUUAUCCUUUCAGCAAAGAAUUUCAGCAAAUGUGACACGAAUAAAAUGAUUUUGAAGACA